AGCUCCUCGAUCGAUUCGAACAGGACUGGCACACAGCCUCUCAGUCCAGCACCGCGGAUAGAUGUCCGCAGAGGUCCGGAUCGCCGUGCUUCGGUCCUGUCGGUGGCCUCGAAUCACACGGCAGCUACCGACGUUUCGCGAUCUAGGGAGGUGAGCAUUGGAGGUGGUAAUGCAAUUGCGAAUAUCCUCAAGAAGGCCGGCGCCACUCAACAGAACUUACCACGGCCUGGUCCACGCGAGAUUCCCCCGGUUGUUUUCACAGAUAUCGAACAAGUCAGUUCCUCAGAGUUUUCAGAAUAUUUGGCAUCGAUAGGAACGGAGUAUGAGAAAUACAGAGCGCAAAAGGAGUUGGGCAUGGAGGAAUUACGGCUACAAACCUCAACACUCGCCAAGGAAUCCGACGGUGAAUCCGACUCCUCGGUAAUUGGACAACUCGAGAGUCGCUUCGCAGCCGCACAACUCCACCCAGGAAAGACCAUCGCAGGAGCCCGCCUUCCACUCCGACGAACUGGCUCCUUCGCCUCCGUCUCCUCCCUCGACCUCCCCCUCUCCCCCACCGAAUCCGAACACGGCCGCCCGAGCCGUCGACACACCGUCCCCGGCAUCACACCAUUAUCGACCGUCCCCCCAAUCUUCUUCGAAGACAAUUUCAGUCUCGAAAACCCCCGCACCUUCGACAUGGUCAGCGAAAACAGCGACGUGAUCCGCUCCACCGCAUCCGCCCCCGAAUCCCGAAAAGCCCUCGCCACGAACGCGAUCCUACAAGAAAAGUUAUCGUGGUACAUGGAUACCGUCGAAGUCCACCUCAUUAAAGAAAUUAGUACGGCGAGUGGUUCGUUCUUUUCUGCUCUGAGUGAUUUACAGGUUUUGCAUAAUGAGUCAGAAGGGGCUGUUGAAAAGAUUAGGGGUUUGAGAGAGGAGUUGAGGGAGGUUGAUGAGGAGCAGGCUGUGAGGGGGUUGGAGAUUGAGAGGUUGAGGGUGAGGAGGGCGAAUGUCGCGAGGUUGGAGGGAGCGAUGAGGGCUCUAAGGGAUGUUGUUCAAAGGAUUGAAAAUGUUGGCGCGUUGAUUGAUAAGGAUCAGCAUGCGCAGGCGUUGGAGGAGAUCGAGAAGCUUAAUAGCGAGCUCGCAGGAAAGUCACAGAAAACUGACGCGGCACCGACAUUGCAGUUGGAUCUGUCAAAAGUACAGGCAUUGGAUGGAGCUCGUAGUCAGCUGAAACAACUCUCAUCACGGAUAGGCAAAAACAUCGAAAAGGAACUGGCACGGAUUUUCGUCACAGACCUACGACAAUGGGCAGAAAGCAUCUCUCCGCGCGAAACGCUGGAUCGACUAUCUUUCUCCUACCAGCGGAAUCUACGAAAACCUGGCAAUGGAUCACAGAGGACAAGCAUGGAGCAAGCGCGAACAUUUGAAACCAUCCGACCGGAGAUCGAGCGAACACUUGAGAUUUUGCAGCAAACCAAGUCAAUGGAAGGCGCGUUUCAGUCUUUACGUGAUGCUGUUAUGAAAGAGAUCAAGGCGAUUAUCAAGCAGAAUUUGCCAAGCGACGAUGACGCAGAGUCGGUAUCAAGUAACAUCACAGCACGGUCGACGAACGACAAAACGAUUGCUCUGGCACGAUCACUGCGGAAUAUGUCUCCGGUUGAGUUCAGGGAGAUGUUGGCAUGUAUCUACACUUCGACCGUCGAAUACCUUCGCCGCCUGUCAUCACAAUACAAACUCUUACUUGACAUCACAUCAACGAUGGAUAUCGGGCGAUCACCGCCGCCGGUGAACGGCAACGGCAACAGCGACACCAACGACGACAUCCGCGCCCGCCAAGUCAUGGACAUAAACGACCUCAUCGUCGCCGCAGUCGACGUCGCACAAUCCCGCAUGGUCCGAAUCCUCAACGUCCGCUCCGAACAAAACUCCCGCUUCAGCGUCUACGAUUUCUUACAAUAUUUCGCACUUAACAUCCUGUUUAUUGCGGAGUGUGAAGCGAUUUCGGGACGGAUGGGAACAGGGUUACAGGGGAGCGUGUCAAGCCAGGCAAAGGCGUUCGUUGCGGUUGUGCAUUCGGAUAGGAUGGCGAGGCAGGCGGGGACGGUGGAGAGGGAUCAGUGGUCGUUGGAGGAGGUUCCGGCGUCGGUGCAGCAGAGUGUGAAUCGGAUCGUUGCGGCGAUGACGAAGGAUUCUGAGGAGUGGUUGAAUGACCUGAGGGUUGGAGCGGAGCCACCGAAGACGAAAACGAAUGGUGAUGAGGGGAGGUCGAGAAGCUUGGAUAUUGAGGAUCAGUCCUUUUACGUGCCUGUUUCGACGAUCGUGCUUAUGGAUGCCCUUGAGGUGUAUGAAAAACUCCUCGUCGCCAUCCCGGUGCUUGGUAUCGAUAUCGUCGCGAACAUGCUUGACAUACUGAAGCUUUUCAACUCGAGGACAUGCCAAGUGAUUCUCGGUGCGGGCGCAACGAAAUCGGCUGGACUGAAGAAUAUCACGGCGAAGCAUCUGGCCAUGGCAUCGCAGUCACUUUCGGUCGUUAUCACGCUCAUGCCUUACCUGCGGGAGUGUGCUAGAAGACACAUCGGCCAAGCCCCCAUUAUCGCAGAAUUCGAUAAAGUCAAGAGAGCGUAUCAGGAGCAUCAGAAUGAAAUCCACAGCAAGCUGGUCGCGAUCAUGUCUGACCGACUCGAGUCGCAUUGCCGAUCUCUCGCAACCAUCAAUUGGGAAAGAGCAAAUACGGAGAAACCGGAAGCAUACAUGGAGGCAUUGGUGAAGGAAACUACGACGUUGCACAAGGUGUUGGCAAAAUAUCUGAAUAAUAUAGGACUGCAAACGAUUUUGGACGAAGUGCAUGCUCGGUAUAAUUCCCGGUUGGGCGAAGAGUAUCGGCGUAUCGAACUGCGGUCCGUUCAGGCGCAGGAGGCCAUGUUGGCGGACGUGCGGUAUUUCCAGGACAGGCUCUCGAAACUGGAGGGUGUGCGAGGUCCUGGCGAUUAUUUGGCGAAACUCGUCGAGGGAAAGGCGGUAUCUGCAGCAUAACCAUAAUGGAAGGUUAGAUGUCAGAUCGAGCGGAUGAGCAUAUAGGCAUCACUAGGCAUAUCAAUACUG